AUGGCUAGACAGAAGAAGAAAAAGAAGAGCCCCCCGGCUCUACCACCUGCACAACCUGAGCUUGUGGAGAAAUCGCCUGCCGAACUUCAAGCAGAGCUUGUGGAAAAAUACAGCGAGUUUUUAGACGAAUCGCUCAUCAUUCUGAUUUUCAACGAGCAGGGCUUCGAAAAGGCAGACAAGGCUCUUGCUUCCCUUGCAGAAAAUGUCUUUGCCGAGGAAGCCACCGGCUUCGACUCGAGCGGCCUUCAGGGCAUAGCCGCCAUCGACGAGACCCAUGACACCUCCGGAGCUUCGUCUUACCACACGACGGCUGAGGACCCGAGCCCGCCGAGCCAAGUGACGUCCGUAUUUGGCAACGGGUCUGGUUCCAUGUCCGACUCACAAUCCACUCCGCUGUCGCCUGACAGCGGUGCGCUCGACGACUGGCGUGCCGUUGCCAACGACUUGCCCGCCGAUGGAACGAGCACGCUCACUGUCCUUCGAGAUGCGUUCCCGACGGUAAAGGAAUCGGAUAUCAGGAAAGCCCUCAAGGAAAGCGGCGAUGACGUGGACAGAGCGUCCGAUGUCCUGCUCAACUUGGAGCAUCUCAUUGAGACAGGCCAGCGUCCCAAGGGGAUCGAUGCCUUCGCCGUCGACGACGUUGCCGCCGAGUGGAACCAGAACAAGAAGAGCAAGAAGCGGGACGCGAACUUCGCGUGGCCAAAGAACAGUCACGAGAAACGGCUACACGUUAACUACAAGCUCACGCCGGCGGGCUUCGACGGCGUGUAUGAAAUCGACGACGGGAAAACGGCCGCUCCGAAGCGCGGCUCAUCCAAGCCGUUCUGGGACACCACGGCACGCGAACGACGCCAAGGAGAUGACGAGCGCGCACUCUAUGACAAAAUAGUUGACGAACAAAGCAAGGGCGAUAAUAUCGUCGAUCUCCACAAUGUUCCUGUGAAGCAUGGCAUUCACAUCGCCCUGGAACGCACCCGCUAUUGGUGGGCGCAUUUGGGCGAAGACCGCAUCCGCAAGGCGCAAGACCACCCGUUUCGCAUCGUCACGGGCAUCGGGCUGCACAGCCCCGAAGGUUAUUCUCGGAUGUACAGCGACGUCGAGAGAGCUCUCAAGAACGAGGGCUGGAAGUUCAAUGACGGCUAUGGCUACUACGAUAUCAGAGGCAAAACGGCCAAAGAAAGGGCGUCGUAG